GGCGCAGUUUCUGUGCUGUGUAAUAGUACUUCCGGUGUACGUUCCAGGGACAAUUUUGUGAAUUUAGUGACACCUAAAACGAGUUGAGUGAUCUCUGGACUAUUUAUUAAAGUGCAGCGGGUUCGCUGUAACUGAAGCCAAACAUGGAUAUCCCAAAUCCCCCCGAAGAUCAAGAACUGAAGAAUGUCAUUGACAAGCUGGCCCAGUUUGUCGCUCGGAACGGGCCAGAGUUUGAAAAGAUGACAAUGGAGAAACAGAAGGACAACCCUAAGUUCUCCUUCCUCUUUGGGGGAGACUACUUCAGCUACUACAAGUGCAAGCUUGCUAUAGAGCAACAGCAGCAUCCCUCUACCCAAGAUGGGGAGGAGUAUAAAUCUGAAGAAAUGUAUAACCCGGGCGCCAAAGACGCGGUUGAUAUCCCUCCAUCGAUGCCAAUGAUUGCUCCGCCUCCGAUUCCUCCGCCUGCCGCGCCCUCUAUGGAUGAGCUCAUCCAACAGAGCCUAUGGAAUCUGCAGCAGCAGGAGCAGCAUAUGCACACACUCAGACAGGAACAAGUGACUGCAGCCAUAUCUCUUGCUAUGGAACAGCAGACCCAAAAACUGCUGCUGGAAACUCAGUUGGACAUCACAGAGUUUGACAACCUCCUGCAGCCCAUUAUAGACACCUGCACCAAAGACGCCAUCUCUGGCGGUAAGAACUGGAUGUUCAACAACGCCAAGUCUCCACUGCACUGUGAACUGAUGACAUCACAUCUUCGCAACCGCAUCAUUGCUGAUGGAGCGCAUUUUGAGCUCCGCCUCCAUCUCAUCUAUUUAACCAAUGACGUUCUCCAUCACUGCCAGCGGAAGCAGCAGAAGGAUUUGUUGGCAGCGCUGCAGAAGGUUGUGGUUCCCAUCUACUGCACCAGCUUUCUGGCUGUAGAGGAAGAGAAACAGCAGAAGAUCACCAGGUUGUUGCAACUGUGGGAGAAGAACGGGUACUUUGAUGAGGAAACCAUUCAGCAGCUCCAGAAUCCAGCACUGGGGCUCGGCCAGUACCAAGCGUCUCUGAUAACAGAGUAUGCUGCGGCGGUGCAGCCGAUCCAGCUGGCCUUCCAGCAGCAGAUUCAGGCUUUGAAGACCCAGCACGAAGAGUUUGUUUCCAGCCUGAAGCAGCAGCCACAGCCUGCCCCUGUAGCGCCGCUAGCUACCUCUGCUGAGCCUGAAAAGGCCCCACCUAUGACCACAAAAGCUGGGGAUGUGAAGCCUCCCAUGUCGGGUCCUCCUCCAGGGGAGUUUGAUGGAGCCUCAUCCAGGCCACAGGACCCCAGCAACCCCAGUGGACCCUCAGAUAUCCCCUCUAACAAACCUGGGUGGUAUGACCCCCAGCACAUAGGCCCCUGGAACCCCAACCAGCCGCCUCCUUUUGACCCAAACCAGCCCCCCCCUCCCUGCCCUCCCUGGAACAGCCAUGAGGGGAUGUGGAAUGACCAGAGGGACCCAGGAAACUGGAGCGGGGGUCCACCCAGAGAAGGAGGCCCCUGGAGCGGUCCAGGUGGGUCUGACCCAGGCCCUCCAUCUUGGAACUCAUAUGACCAGCAGCCACCAUGGGGGAACCAGCCUGACCAGCCUCCAUGGGGCCAGAGGGAGCCCCCAUUUCCUCCACGCAUGCAGAGACCUCCCCAUUUCAGAGGGCCCUUCCCUCCUCACCAGCAGCCACCUCCUUUCAACCAGCCCCCACCACCGCACAGUUUCGGACGCUUCCCGCCACGCUUUAUGCAGGACGACUUCCCCCCCAGACACCACUAUGACCGGCCGCCGUACACCCCACACCGCUUUGACUACGCUCAGGGAGAUUAUCCCGGAGCUGAGUGCAGAGACAUACCAGGUCCUCCCCCCCACCACCAUCCCAGUCAGAGGCUCCCUCCCCCAGGUAUGGGGGCUGAACAUCCUCCCUGGGGUGGAGGCCACCAGCCGGAUUUUGGCCCACCCCCACACGGCUUCAACGGCCAUUCCCCCCACAUGCGUCAUCGGCAGCAUCCAGUCCAGGACGACCCCAGUCUGGUGCCUAACGUACCCUACUUUGACCUGCCAGCUGGUCUAAUGGCUCCUCUGGUCAAACUUGAGGACUGUGAUUACAAACCUCUGGACCCCAAAGAUAUCCGGCUGCCCCCUCCCAUGCCACCCAGCGAUCGCCUGCUAGCUGCUGUGGAAGCUUUCUACAGCCCUCCAUCCCAUGAUCGGCCCAGGAACAGUGAAGGCUGGGAGCAGAACGGCCUGUAUGAGUUCUUCAGGGCCAAGUUUAGAGCCAGGCGGAAAAAGGGACAGGAGAAACGCAACAGUGUCCGUGGAGGCAGUCGCUCCAGGAGUCACAGCAGAGGGCGAUCUUCGUCUCGCUCCAGCUCUCGCUCCUCAAAGUCCUCCAGGUCGCGGUCCCGCUCGUCUCACUCCCACUCCCGCAGCCGCUCUCGCUCCUACUCACGCUCCAGGUCCAGGAGUAGAUCCAGGUCCUCUCGGAGUCGCUCUCGCUCCAGAUCCCGUUCCCAUUCACCCGCCAAGAGACAACAUGGCGCCAAAUCCCAGAGCUCCUCCCCUCCCUCCACAUCAGUGAUUGGUGUCCCUCCCCCCAAACCGAUAUCAGAUAUGAGGCUAGGGGAGGAGAAUAAGGGCCAUCAGCUGCUGAUGAAGAUGGGCUGGAGUGGUUCAGGUGGUUUGGGGGCCAAAGAACAGGGCAUCCAGGACCCCAUCAAAGGAGGAGACAUCAGGGAUAAGUGGGACCAGUAUAAAGGUGUGGGGGUGUCACUGGACGACCCUUACGAGAACUAUCGCAGGAACAAGAGCUACAACUUUGUCGCACGUAUGAAGGCACGGGAGGAAGUCAAUCGUGAACCUACCGAGGCCCCUCCAGCUGAGUGAUGUCAUCAAAUAGCGUCAAACAACUCCUCGUCUCCCCCGUCGCCUCCUCCUCCACCAAGGAUCUGAAUUUCACUGUCAGUUUUCAAUCCAGAAUAGAUCGAUGGAUAGAUGUUCUCUACUGACCACAAAGGGAAAUUAUUUUGAUACUUUUUUUCAUGUAAUUAGUAAUUCUAUGGCAAUGUGAGUCUGUCAUUUUGUUGUAGUAUUAAAAUAUAUCCCACAAAACAAAAAGACGUGAAUAUGAAAUCAGCAUUUUUAUCUCUAGAAACGCAGUUGAUAUAACAUAAAUAAACACAUCUCUGACUAACAAA